GUGAGCAUGCGCACUGUCGCCCUCCGUUCCUCUUUCUCUUGGGUUGAGGCAUCCUGCGGAGCUGCUACCCCGGAGUCCAGGCGGGGCUGAAGGGGAGGGGCCUGGCUUGAGCCCACCCUUGGUGCCCUGGGGGAGGAGGCUAUGUCAGCUGAGGCCACGACAGAUCCAUCCCCACCCCUGGAGAAUUGUGCUCUGCUGGUCCCAACCCAGCACCGACGGGAUGGCAGGGGUGGGGUAACCGAGAUGACUUUGGACCUCAAGCCCCUGAAUCCCAACAGCAAGUACGUCAAGCUGAAUGUGGGAGGAUCUCUGCAUUACACCACCGUGCAGACCCUGACCAAGCAAGAUACGAUGCUCAAGGCCAUGUUCAGUGGCCGAAUGGAAGUCCUCACAGAUAGUGAAGGUUGGAUCUUGAUUGACCGAAGUGGCCGCCAUUUUGGAACUAUUCUGAAUUAUUUGCGAGAUGGCUCAGUAUCUCUUCCAGAGUCCCAGCGGGAGCUGGAGGAAGUGUUGUGUGAAGCCCGGUACUAUCUGAUCCAAGGUUUGGUUGAGAACUGCCAGCUUGCACUACAGCAAAAAAGUGAAGCCUAUGACCCUCUCUGCCAUAUCCCCAUGGUGACAUCUCCCAAGGAAGAGCAGCAGAUCAUCUCAAGAUGUUCGAAGCCUGUGGUGAAGUUACUGCAUAACAGAAGUAAUAACAAGUAUUCCUAUACCAGUAACUCUGAUGACAACUUACUGAAGAAUAUUGAACUGUUUGACAAACUAGCUCUGAGGUUCAAUGGACGGGUGCUUUUCAUCAAGGACGUUCUCGGGGAUGAGAUCUGCUGUUGGUCAUUUUAUGGGCAGGGCCGCAAGAUUGCGGAGGUUUGCUGUACUUCCAUCGUCUAUGCCACCGAAAAGAAGCAGACCAAGGUCGAGUUUCCCGAAGCCCGGAUCUUUGAAGAAACGCUGAACAUCCUGAUCUAUGAGACACCACGGGUGCCAGACAAGGCCCUCCUGGAGGCCACUGGGGGAGUUGCGGGUGGAGGCGGAGGCCCCCUCCGUGCUGGUGAUGAUGAAGAUGGGCGGGAGCACCGCGUCCGGCGUAUUCAUGUCCGCAGACACAUUAUGCAUGAUGAACGUCCUCAUGGCCACCAGGCUGUUUUCAAAGACUGAUCCAGCCUUGUUUCCAGGGUCCUCAUCACUCCAAUUCUUCCGUACCAAAGGAGGAUCUUUUUUCCUUUGAUAUUUCAUCCAAGAGGUCCUCUAUGGUGUCUGUGUCCUUUCUGUUUGGGAUCUUUUUUAA